UUGAUGGUGACAGUGACAGUGGGAGUAAUCUUCUGAUUGGCCAUUUCUGAAAACCAAGACUGGGAACGGAAGCAAGUGUUUGGUCUUAGCUGCAUCUUGUGACUGGAGUUUUUCUGGAAAGGAGAAGACAGCAUGGGAGGAGUUCACCCCAUGACUAAACCCAGCAUUGGUACCCUCUCGAAGGUCGCUCCGGUGACCACCUCUACUCCCUGUUUCUGCGAUCCCUACAAACAGGAACAUGUAAUCUUGGCCUUUUUUGCUGGAGUUCUGCUGAUGCUGCUGCUCACAGCCCUUAUCCUUCUCACCGUAAAGAGCUACAGAAAAUGUCACUCCAGUCCCCAGGCCUUGGAUCCUAAUUCAGAGCCUCCCACCAAGCUCUCAUCAAUAUCAAAGGAGUCACUUACCUAUGCCAGCAUGACUUUCAAACCCUCAGAAGGAAACAGCAGUGGCUUGACGAGAGACCACUCUGAAGGCUUGGACCCCAUUGUCUACUCACAGAUUAAAGUGGCAAACCCAUGCCUGCCUCUCCAGUGAGGCUGAAUCCAGAUCCUUCCAGUUCAGCUCCAUCUGCACAUUAUGACUUUGUUUUCUAUGUUUGUUUGUUUUACAAAUUUGGUCCCACAGCCUGUGUGCAACUGUAGUCAGAUUUGUUUAAGAGUGAUCUGGCAAUGAUGUCAACACUCUUAAAGACAAAUGGUUAGUUGUUUUCCCCUCCAGAGAAAAGACUGCUGGUGCUCCCAUUUCAACUGACAGUAGCAGGGCCUUGAGGGACUCUCUUAGACCUUUCCAAACUGUGUGACACAGCAAUCAGAGCAAAGAAACCCACUGAUAAUCAGGGAGGAGCCAACCCUAUGAACAACCUACCAAGACAUUCAAAUAAAAGCAAACUCUCCACAAA